UUCUAGGCUCCAGGCACUUUCCACACGGUGCCAAGCACAGAGCUGUCAGUUUCCGUGACGUCAUCUCUGUGCGACUCGAAACCGGCCCCACGUGCCUUGCGGAAGGAAGCGGCUUCUAUAUAGCUUGAGUACUAGAGUUGCUUGCUACAUUCCAGCUACAAAUUGUCAAACAGCAUGAGUUUUGUGGAAUACAAAGAUCUUAUCGAAGAUGGAGACACAGCCAUUGUCUUCUUGGGUCAUGACUCAAUGUUUCCAAUUACCAUUCAAAAUGGCAGCCAGACACAGACAAAAUAUGGAGUCAUCAGACAUUCCACUGACUUGAUAGGAAAAAAGUUUGGGUCCAAGGUAACUUGCAGUAAAGGAGGGUGGGUCUAUAUUCUUUACCCUACUCCAGAGUUAUGGACACUGAAUCUUCCUCAUCGCACACAAAUCCUUUAUUCCACUGACAUUUCCCUUAUCACAAUGAUGUUGGAAUUGAAGCCAGGAUCAGUAGUAUGUGAAUCAGGCACUGGAAGUGGUUCACUCUCCCAUGCUAUUAUACGUACAGUGGCCCCCACAGGUCAUCUUUACACUGUAGAGUUCCACCAGCAGAGAGCGGAGAAAGCCACAGAAGAGUUUCGGCAGCAUAAAGUGGAUCAUCUGGUCACAGUGAAGAAUCAGGAUGUGUGCAAACAUGGCUUUGGUGUAUCUGACAUUGCCGAUGCUGUAUUCCUCGACAUCCCUUCCCCCUGGGAAGCUAUUGGACAUGCGAAAUCUGCAAUGAAGACUGAAGGUGGACGAAUCUGCUCUUUUUCACCCUGCAUUGAGCAAGUUCAGAGAACAUGUCUGGCCCUAGAAGAACAUGGGUUUACGGAGAUCAACACCCUAGAAAUACUCCUUAGAGUAUAUGAUGUACGGACUGUUAAUUUGCAGGUCCCUGACCUUGGCAGAGCAGCUGAGGAGAAAAGCAGCUUGGAUGUGAUUGACAGGCCCAAGCAGAUCCCUGCUGGCCAGCAUGCAAGUGCACUCUUUAAAAGUGGCGUUCCACCCAGGGAAACCGUGGGUCACACAGGGUACCUGACCUUUGCCACCAAGAGCCUAUUUUAGACUACAGCCAUUCCCCUUAAAAAAAAAACUAAGUAGGAGAGAAGCUUGAUGAUAAUGUACAAGUAGAAAAGUCCAUAUAUAGCUAGGCUGGGCUGAAGAAUGCAUUUGUAUAAACUCCUCAUCCAGACACAAAUAGCAGAGAGAGAGACUGGGGAUUUGCACAGUUUGCCACAAUCACAUAAUAAAGAGGUGCAUUACAAAUAUA